CAAUCAUCACAACGUAGUGCAAGGAGUAAUACAGAACUUGUCUUCUACCGUUAAACUGACUGCGCUAGUUCUAUAUCUUCCUCCGUUUUCCAACAAAUCUCAACCGCAUACCUGUCUCUUUUCAAGCUCCGAAGUACUGACAGUGAAUAUCGGAACACAGCCUAUAACGCGAUACAGCGUUAUGAACUUCACCGGUGGACACGUCACAAGGCAGCACGAUCGAGAUAAACAGCCCCAAUUACGGACCUCGUGUCCGGCGCGCUGCUCACUAUCACAUGUGUGCGGGCUUAUUGAUAUCAUCUGUAUACAUCGGCCCACGAUAUAUAGCUCACGCGAGCUGUCGUAAGAGAGACAGGUGAAGCAUCAAGCUACAAAGUCGGCGCCGACACACGCGACGAUCUCUCGCAGCGCAAACGAGAGGUGACUUCUUGAGAGCAGCCGAGAGUUACUUGCCGAUCAGUCCGCUGCCGGUUUAUCAAAAUGUAACGACUCGCGCGUCACCGGGACGCGACACUUCUCUCCACUUCUUCUAUCUUUAGCCGAGCGCGCAAACGAGUACCGGAGAAUUCCAAAAAGCCGUAAACAUGGCGGUCGCGAGCUCCUUCGACACCUGGCUCAGCGAGAAGCUCCAGGCUCUCAACACGGAUGAGAGCGUCUUCGGUUCGUACAUCAAGGGUAUCCUCGAGGGCGACGAAUCCCAGGACGAGAAGAUCGAAGCGCUCGAGAGCAUACUCGCGGGCAUAACGGAGGACAAUAUCAACAAACAUGUAAUGGAGAUAUUAAAUGCAUGGACGGAAUGGCUGCCAUCGCAGGACGUAGCCGCAGCAACCAUACCGACGGAGGACGUCGACGUUCGACUGGCACGAAUGCUCGAGUCGCAGUGUCUACCCACAACAACGCAGAGAAGUUACACAGAGGAAGAGAGACGAAUUCGAGAAGCCAUUCUAGCACAGUACAGUCAAAUGUCCGACGAAGAGAAUAGCGAAGCAGAUGGAGAAGAAGACGGUGGCGGUGGAGAUUGUGGGAUUGAGAAGAACUUGAAUGCAGCAACCAUCAUACAACAAGAGAGGGAAAAGAGAGAAAAAGCCAAGCUCGAGAGCCAGAAGAAGAAGGAGAAGGACAAAGAGGACAGGGAAAAGCAGAAGCAAAUGAAAGAGGAGAAAAAGGAGAAGAGAAAAACCCAGAAGGGAGAGAGGCGAAGGUAGCAUCGAAACGAGAGUGGUGUAGGAUUUACCUCAAAAUUGUGCGAACAUCAUCGAGUAUAUAACGCUCUGGCAUUCAUCAUAUAUGUCUAUCAACAGAUAUGUUUAUCGUCGUACAUACAACGAUCUUUGACAACUAUUUAAACCAAUCACUGAUCUUACAUCUUUCACUAGACAGAUAUGUGUGUAGUACUCUUGUCAUUGGAAUCAAAGCGAAUGCAUACUUUGCAAGAAAAUGAUAUAUCUCUGCGACAUAAUGUUGGAAUCAUCUCCUGUGCCUUCUUUCAUCUUCUGUCUGUCUUUCUCUUUCUCUCUGAAACAUUGUCCCCUCUUUCGCAAUAUUUGUUACUUAUUUGUAUUUGUAUUU